UAUGUGACAAUUACAGCCACAGCACAAUGUGGCCACUAUGAAAAAAAUCUUACGUACAUUCUUAUCUCUACUGCAAUAAUUUCCAACUGGAUAAGCUCCUUCAGCUGACUCAGCUCCACAGGAUCCGACCCGAUUUCAGGCUGCUUAAACCGACCCGCCUUUUUAAUCAAACUUUUAAAGUCUUUUAAGUCUCCUAACCUUAUUUUAGUAUGUAAUUUAAAACUAAUUAAGUACUAAUCAAGCAAUUAACGACUAAUCGCAUAUUCCCCUAUAAAUAAAUCUCUCCCUUCCUUUCCCUCUCUCAAACCAAAGCAGAAAAAAUCAAUCAGAACUCCACAAACGACAUCGUUUAACAGCAAAAUGCUUUCUUCUUCUCCAACUUCCUUCGCUCAUCCCUUCCUCUCCUCUUCUCCGCCUCUCUCCCCCGUAUCUCCUCCAUCUCGCGCGGCUCGUCUCCCGCCUCCUCCCGUCUCCGCCUCUUGCUCCUACACCUACACGGAGGAUUCGAUUAGACUGCAUCAGAUCCCGCUGCGAUUAACGACGGCGAACGCUUCUCUCUACGAGAUUCUCGAAGUUCCUCUCGGCGCGACGAGUCAAGAUAUCAAAUCGGCUUACCGGAGACUGGCCAGGAUCUGUCAUCCAGACGUGGCGGGAACCGAUCGGACUAAUUCUUCUUCGGCGGAUGAAUUCAUGAAGAUCCACGCGGCUUACUGUACGCUUUCCGAUCCUGAGAAACGAUCUGUCUACGAUCGGAGGAUGCUUCGUCGGAGCCGUCCUUUGACCGUUAACUCGGGGAUGAGCAGUUACGUUGGCCGUAACUGGGAAACUGAUCAGUGCUGGUAGCGAGUUGACUCGGUGUCCGAGUUAGCCCGCGUUGAUUCGAAUUAAGUAAAAAAAAAAAGAUAUGAAUCAGUUUGUAUAAAAUAGGAAGCGCGAUAAAUAUGGACUCUGGAGCUUAACGUUCUAAUUAAUAGUAGUCAUUAAGCUAACACGGAGGAGGAUUAUAUCUUAUGCGGUGCCGUUUGGUUUGUGUUACGUAGGAUCUACGUGUGUUUUUACUACUUUCAGUUUCUUUUGAUUAUCUAGAGCUGAUUUGUUUAACAUAUGUAGUUCGAAUAUACCUAUUUUCGGUCCAAUAAACAAAUCUAACUAAUAUGAAUAUUCUCUUUUUUUUUUACUUAAAUAUGUAAAUAUUUUGGCUUCGUUUUCGAAAUUUGGAAUCUCGACGAAAGCAUCCAAAUGACAAAAAUAAUUGUCAGGAUAUUAUAUUAGCUGGCCCACAAACCGACUGAUGUUCUAGAAGACUAGAACGUGUGAAUCCAAUGAGAGAUUGAGAGCCAUACAUAACGAUCACUUCUUCGAUCCAAAGAAAAAAACAUAUCACUUCUAUUUCUAUAGUUCUCUCAAGUAGGAAGUUGAUAGAUUCUGAGUUUAAUGAAUGUGGAUUUGGAACUGAUUUUAUCAAAACAAUGGUGGGCAUAUAUAUGCGUG